GCCACGAGCCACAAAAAUCUCAGUUGGCGCCUUCCGGUUCACCGAUUGAGUUAUUAAGGAAACAUUAACACCAACUCCCGAGUGAACGGUGAAAACCCUCAAUGUCUUGUGUCCAUUUCUGGUUUGGAUAAUCUCUUCUCAAUCCUCCAUUUCCCUUUCAAUGGCGGUGGCUUCUUCACUAUUCCUCCAUCAUCAAAUCUUCGGCUUUUCAAACCCUAAUUCCCAUCAAUUUACUCUCAGACGAAGCAGAACAAAAUGGGUUUCUACUUUUUCAAUUAACCACAAAAGAGUUGGCUUCUCUUUCAUAACAAAUUGUUCUCCGCCUCAAACACCAUCACCUGAAACGACUACUCAAACGGCUGAGUCAUGCGUCAAUGUUGGACUCUCUCUCUUCAACAAAGGACGGGUUAGAGAUGCACUAGUACAGUUUGAAACAGCUCUUAGUUUAAAUCCUAAUAUUAUGGAAGCUCAAGCAGCACUUUACAACAAAGCAUGUUGCCAUGCCUACAGGGGGGAGGGGAAGCGAGCUGCUGAGUGUUUACGCACUGCUCUCAAAGAUUAUGACCUAAAAUUUGGAACCAUCCUCAAUGAUCCAGACUUAGCCUCCUUCAGAGCAUUACCAGAAUUCAAGGAAUUACAAGAAGAGGCAAGGCUUGGUGGUGAGGAUGUAGGCAAUAGCUUCAGGAGAGACCUCAAGCUCAUUAGUGAAGUCCAAGCUCCAUUUCGUGGAAUUCGUCGAUUUUUUUAUGUGGCUUUUGCAGCAGCUGCGGGAAUCGCUACCUUCUUCACAAUACCCCGGUUGUUCCUUGCAAUUCAAGGGGGUGAAGGUGCUCCGGAUCUGUUAGCGACUGCUGAAAAUGCUGCAGUUAAUAUUGGAGGCAUUGUCAUUUUGGUGGUACUGUUUCUAUGGGAUAAUAAGAAAGAGGAGGAGCAGCUUGCGCAAAUAACUCGUGAUGAAACGUUGUCAAGGUUACCAUUACGUCUUUCUACUAAUCGAAUUGUUGAGCUCGUACAGCUACGGGACACUGUUAGACCGGUUAUUCUAGCUGGCAAAAGGGAGAGUGUUUCUUUGGCAAUGCAGAAAGCUGAAAGGUUCAGGACUGAGCUCCUCAGAAGAGGUGUUUUACUAGUUCCUGUCAUUUGGGGUGAGGGUGACGCCAGUCCAGUUCUAAAGAAAGGCUUUGGGGUUUCCGGAAAGGCUGUUGCUUCUCUUCCCUCUAUUGGAGAAGACUUUGACAAGCGAACUCAAUCUAUAACUGCAAAAACAAGGUUGCAAGCUGAAAUUCGAUUCAAAGCCGAGGCUGUGUCUCCAGGAGAAUGGGAAAGAUGGAUAAAGGACCAGCAGAAAUCAGAAGGAGUUACACCUGGCGAGGAUGUAUACAUAAUAUUACGCUUAGAUGGUCGUAUUCGCAGGUCAGGCAAGGGAAUGCCUGAUUGGCAGCAAAUAGUUCAGGAGCUUCCUGCUAUGGAGGAUCUACUAAGCAAGCUAGAAAAAUGAGUUUCUUGCCCACAAUAUCUACAGGAAAGAAUUUUAUUUAUAGCAAAUUUAAUGACUAUGCAAUGUGUUUUUUCCCUCAAUGAUAGAUCCUUGGUGCAUUUUUUGUAUGAUAAUUGUUGGUGUAAGCCAAGUUUGAUCGAGUUGAGAGUUGAGUUUUGUGUGUUUUGAUAACGUUUUAAGAAACGAAGGAAAAGGAAGGGGAUGGGAUGGAAGGAGAGGAAAGAUUGAUAUGUUUUCGUUUUAGAUCUUUCCAAUGUUUUAAAGGAUUUGUCCGUUACAAAAUAUAGGGAAUUUCGUCA